AAAAAAAAAAACAGACAUGGCAAUAGAAUUAGAGAAAACAUCAUCAGCAAAUAUUCCGCCGGAGAUAAUCGAAAUUAUACUUACAAAAUUAUCAUCAGUUAAAUCUCUUCUUCGAUUCAAAGCGGUAUCAAAGUCAUGGAAUACUAUAAUCUCUGAUCCUUUAUUCAUUCAAAAUCAUCUCCAAUCCUCGAAUAACUCUCCGAAUAAUAAUCUCUUCCUAAGUAGGCAUACAUAUGGUACUGGUAGAGGGUUUCCUUUGGUUAAAUUCGAUGUUGGAAAAAUCGACUCCGGAGAAAUCUCGGCCGAGAAUAUUCCCAAUGGCUACGACAGAAUAUUAUGCGAAUGUAACGGCGUGCUACUCUUGACCAGCCGCCUCCACAGCGAGUCCGAAUACGAUACGUACGCACUGUGGAAUCCAUCAACUCGCUCUCAGAUGUUUCUCAUAAACCGAUGUGAGUUUAAUGAAGAUCAUGAAGUGGAUUGCGGGGUUUGUUAUGACAAAAUAACGGGCGAUUUCAAGUAUUUAGGAACAAAAUUCCAUACCAUUCUUGGUACUCCAGGUGCGGCCAUAUUCGUUGACGGAGCUACCUAUUGGAUUUUGGCCGUCGAGAGCACGAAUAUUUCAGGUCCACAAUUAGUGUAUUUCGAUCCAAGAACCGAUGAGCUCAAGAUUUUGCAAAAGCCCGAACAAUUAAGUGAUGACAAGUUUCAUUUAAUUAACACGAGUUCUUUGGGAGGAAGCCUAUGUCUGUACGAAUACAACUACCGUGAGAACAGUAUCCAAAUCUGGAUAAAGGAAAAAGGCAUUGAUGUCGGGGAGAAUAGUACUCACUGGAAAGAGUUUAUGACGGUUGGAAAUUUCCGGGUUCCGUUUUUGUGGAUUACACCAAUAUGUUUCGUGGGAAAUAAGGUUGUAAUUCAAGUAGCGCGUAAGAAAUUUGUCUACUAUAGCCCUAAUGAGAAGACGCGUGAAGAGUUUGCAGAGAUUGAUGUAAAUUGCAAUAGAUUAAUUCCAUAUCGGAAUAGUCUCUAUUUCCCAACCGGUAUAAAGACGACAAUUACAGCUCAGCAGUCCAGGUUUAUAUUACCUGAGCAUUUGUUUCUUGCAUAA